UCAUAUGCUAAUGCUAAUCCGCCUCCCACCCCCCGUUGAGCCCGCUCCCAUUCCCCUCCUUAAACCCGAGCCCCACCUCGCCUCGCGACCAUGGACUCCUCCGGGUCCGCCUCCGCGUACAAGCUGCAGCUCGCCUUCGCGGCGCUCGUGGGAGCCUCCGGCGCCGCCGCCGCUGCCUACUACCUGCACUGCCGCGCCGUCGCGCAGGUCAGCGGCGACCUCGCCCGCUCCGCCAGCCGCCGCCGCCGGCCCCGCGCUCCCGCCGGCGCAGCCGGAGGGAAGACCCCUCCGCCGCGCCGCGCAGCUGCGGGCUCAGCCUCGCUCCCGGACCUUUCCGCGUUCUACGACGGCGGCGGCGCCGGUGGGUACCUCGUGGAGGAGGAGGAGGAGGAGGAGGGGGUGGUGGGGCCGCGCGCGAACGGCGCGCUCGACGCCGCCGCCUUCCUGCCUAUCCCCCAGGGCUUGCCCAGGCUGCAUGUGGGCCCUGACGGCAAUAAACAACUUGUCCGCUCAGGUUCAAACAGACGGGUUGGAAUAAUUAGACCAAAUUCACCCAAGUCCCCUAUAGCUGGUGCAAGUGCUUUUAAAAGUGCAGAUGGAUCAGAUGAGGAUGAUGCUACACAGAAUGGCGGUAAACUUGACAAUGGUUACCUGAACACAAAUGGAAACCUUGAGGGAGAACAUAAAGGAAAAUCAAUUGUGGAAAAUGGGGCUGCCACACCGUUAGCUGCAGCAAACAUGAUACGAUCUCAUAGUAUAUCCAAUGAUCUUCAUGCAGUUCAACCUGAUCCAGUUGCUGCAGAUAUUCUUCGAAAAGAACCUGAGCAAGAAUCAUUUAUCAAGCUGUUAACUGCUCCAAAGGAGAUUCCAACUCCUGAUGAAAUUGAGGUCUUCAAAAUCCUUCAGAAGUGCCUUGAGUUAAGAGAAUUAUAUCUUUUUAGAGAAGAGGUUGCUCCAUGGGAGAAGGAAGUCAUAAAUGAUCCUUGUACUCCAAAACCUAACCCCAAUCCAUUUACUUAUGUGCCUGAACCAAAGUCGGAGCAUGUUUUCCAAAUGGUUGAUGGUGUUGUCCAUGUGUAUGCGGAUAAAGACUAUACAGAGAGAAUUUAUCCUGUGGUUGAUGCCACAACCUUCUUCACUGAUCUGCAUUAUAUUCUCCGGGUUACUGCUGCAGGGAACACAAGAACCGUUUGCCAUAAUCGGUUGAAUCUUCUAGAGCAUAAGUUCAAAUUUCAUCUGAUGUUAAAUGCGGAUAGGGAGUUUCUUGCCCAGAAGACUGCACCACAUCGUGAUUUUUACAAUGUUAGAAAGGUUGACACUCAUGUUCACCACUCAGCAUGCAUGAAUCAAAAACAUUUGCUGAGGUUCAUAAAGUCAAAACUCAGAAAAGAACCUGAUGAGGUUGUCAUUUUCAGAGAUGGUACUUAUAUGACUUUGAAGGAGGUUUUUGAGAGCUUGGACUUAACUGGGUAUGACUUGAAUGUUGAUUUGCUAGAUGUCCAUGCAGACAAAAGUACGUUUCACCGUUUUGACAAAUUCAACCUUAAAUACAAUCCAUGUGGCCAGAGUAGGCUCAGAGAGAUUUUCCUUAAACAAGACAAUCUCAUUCAAGGCCGUUUUCUUGCUGAGCUAACGAAGCAAGUUUUCUCUGACCUUUCUGCUAGCAAAUAUCAGAUGGCAGAAUACAGGAUUUCAAUUUAUGGGAGGAAGCAAAGUGAGUGGGACCAACUUGCGAGUUGGAUAGUAAACAAUGAAUUGUACAGUGAAAAUGUUGUCUGGUUGGUUCAGAUUCCACGCUUAUAUAAUGUGUACAAGGAAAUGGGUAUUGUUACAUCAUUUCAAAAUCUUCUUGACAACAUUUUCCUUCCUCUGUUUGAGGUUACUAUCGAUCCAGCUUCACACCCACAGCUCCAUGUCUUCCUAAAGCAGGUUGUAGGGUUGGAUUUGGUUGAUGACGAGAGUAAACCUGAAAGGCGUCCAACAAAGCACAUGCCCACACCUGAGCAAUGGACCAAUGUCUUCAACCCUGCAUUUUCAUAUUAUGCGUACUACUGCUAUGCUAACCUAUACACACUGAACAAGCUGCGUGAGUCAAAGGGGAUGACCACUAUCAAAUUCCGUCCACAUGCUGGCGAGGCUGGAGAUGUCGAUCACUUGGCUGCGACAUUUCUUCUUUGUCACAACAUAUCACAUGGAAUCAAUUUGAGGAAGUCUCCUGUGCUUCAAUACUUAUACUAUCUUGGUCAGAUUGGUCUGGCAAUGUCCCCAUUAAGCAACAACUCCUUGUUUCUUGAUUACCAUCGCAAUCCUUUUCCGAUGUUUUUCCAACGAGGUCUGAAUGUCUCAUUGUCAACGGAUGAUCCAUUGCAAAUUCACCUGACAAAAGAACCUUUGGUGGAAGAAUACAGCAUUGCUGCUUCGCUGUGGAAGCUCAGUUCUUGUGAUUUAUGUGAAAUUGCGAGAAACUCUGUCUAUCAAUCAGGGUUUUCACAUGCUCUCAAGGCUCACUGGAUUGGCAAGAACUACUUCAAAAGAGGCCCAUCUGGAAAUGAUAUUCACAAAACGAAUGUGCCACACAUCAGGGUUGAAUUUAGGGAGAUGAUCUGGAGAAAUGAAAUGAAGCUGGUUUACCUGAACAAGGUCAUCUUACCUGACGAGCUAGACCUGUAAGACGUCCUCGCUGGUGUAUAUCCUGUAGUUGCCCUGGAAUCAUACUUCAUGUUUGGUCGCUGGAAGUCAGCAUGAGAAGCGAUAUAAUCGACAGUGUUUCCGAGUUCCACGAACCUGAAGCACAACAAAUAAUAGAAUACCUAAAUAAUAAUGCAGCGAAGUGAAGCGGCUCAAGAGUUGCGUUACAGGGAGUCAAGUAUACAUUGCAAGGUGUAUGCCCCCCGCCCCUCCCCCUCGUUUGUAAAGGAUGUAAUUAAGAUGUACUCCGACUAGAUCUUAUGCUCCUGAAUAAAGUGACGCCGCUUGUUCUGCUCCCCUGGAAAGAAGGGUAACGCCAAAAUAGAUAUGCCACCUAGUGUUCCCAACCCGUCAGCAUCCUUCGAAUGCUACCAUGACCUUGGCCCAAUAUAAUAUAACAGUAGCAUAGAUGCAUAGGACCUUCAUCUUUUUUUUUUUCGUCCUUGAAGAGGAAGGAGCAUUGUUCUAAAAAGGACAUUCGAAAUUGCUAAUUUGCGAGUGAUUAUUAGAAAUUGAUAUUGUGCUUGUUUGCA